GGCGGGAGCCAAUCAGCAACCCACACAAAGCCAGAUCGUUCCAUCACAAAACGCCUCCACACCAGCGAACACCAUGGUCAACGCCGCCGCCGACGCCAAGAAGAACGAGGGUAACGAGGCCUUCAAGAAGCAGGACUACUCCAAUGCUGUAGCCAAGUACACGGAGGCCAUCGAGAUCGACGCGACCAACCACGUCUACUUUUCCAACCGCAGUGCUGCUUACGCUGGCUGGGGCAAGUUCCAGGAGGCUGCGGACGAUGCUGCCGAGUGCAUCCGUAUCAACCCUCAGUUCGUCAAGGCUUACCACCGUCACGGUGUGGCGCUCAAGGGUCUGAAGAAGUAUGACGAGGCUCUGGCCACGCUGCGUGCCGGCCAGCGCGUGGACUUCAACAACGCUGACCUGAACCGUCUGGUGACGGAGAUCGAGCCGCUGCAGGCCCGUGCCGAGCAGGCCAAGCGCUCAGGCAUGAGUCCCGCUGAGCUGCUGAAGGAGCGCGGUAACGACGCGUUCAAGAGCGCUGCCUUCGAGAAGGCCAUUGAGCUGUACGGAGAGGCCAUCGAGGCUUGCAACGACAAGCCCGGCUCGGCUCUGGCUCUGUCGUGCUACAACAACCGCGCGGCUUGCAACCAGCAGCUCAGCAACUUCUCCGGUGUCAUCCGCGACUGCACGCAUGUGCUCGAGUACGACGAGAAGAACCAGAAGGCUCUGCUGCGACGUGCUCUCGCCUACGAGGGCCUGGAGCGCUACCGUCUGGCUCUGCAGGACAUCCGUGCGCUGCUCGCCAUCAACCCUUCCAUUGAUAUUGCCAACAAGGCUCAGCACCGUCUCAGCAAUUACGUGCGCCAGCUCAAGCAGAAUAACUAACUGCAUGAAGGGGAAAGUUGUCAAAACAGCUACGUUCAAUGAACAUCGGCAACGUGAUGGAACGAUGUCGCCAGUAGAGGAAGGCCUGAUCUGAUUACCCACGCGUGGGGAAGGUGAGGACAUGUGAUGGUUAACAGGCAGGCUGUUGAAUUUCUUUCGUGUUGAUAGGUAUUGCUUUCAUGUGUUUUUGGUUCUUCCAUUAUUUUUCUAUAAGGCAAACUUUUUAUGCCUUCGCGUUAUGUAUGGAAGUUUCGUUGGAUUUGUUGAGGCGGAGACUGGAGAAUGCUGCGUAAAAGGAUAAUUCCCCGUUGUGCGGAUCGGCCGGAUUGGCUCUCGGUACUCCUGCUGUUGCACCUGAUGACCAGGAGUUACGUCCGACAACUUACGACUGGCAUUUACCGGCAAAAAGGUGGAACCCUGUCUCCACGUCUGCUCAACGAGCGGUGGAGGAGGUUGCUUGCUUGUCACUAAAUCUGGAGCGAAGAACGACUCGAAUGUACGAGUUGGCGGUGCCAAUACAUCAAACUCAUUAAACUGCCUUGGACUGCUCUUUAGAGUGAGAUGACUGCAGGCGUUAUUGCUGGACCAUCCGCCGUUGCGUUGUUGCCUUGACGGUAAUCCCUUCCAUUCUCCAUUCAAUUGGCGAGACG